AUUCAGCAGAUAUACAUAUAUAAAAUAUCGUCGUCAUUCAUCAUUCGUUGUCAUCGUCGUAGUCGUCAUCAUCGACUACAAGUAAAUCCUUUUCGUCGCUAUGGUGAAGAAGUAAAUCAUCGAGAAAAAAGUUAAGAUUUGCUGGAGGAAGCAUGGCCGACCACCUGGUGGACGGUCCGCCUAGUAAGCGACCAAAACUCGAUCCAUUUCAGGGUCCUUCUGAUUCGGCAGUGGGUAUGGCGCCUUUAAUGAUGCACCAUGCUUAUGCGAACUACGGGGGAGGUGGCAGUGGUAACAUGCAACAAAUACAGGGCCCGCCACAACAGCUACACCUGCACCAUCAUCAAGUGGAGUUACAUUGGAACAACCAUAUCAUCCAUAAAAGAAAUUACAUAACAAACACAGAUAUGUUCGAUCUUGAAAAUGAUCUUCCUGACGAUCUUCUAACUACGGGGUCUUGGGGUACUGCUACUGAAAGUGCUAAACCACCUGCAACAGGACCAGGGCCAGGUCCUGGUCAACAAAAUGGAACGCUUGACUCUGAUUUACGUCAACAUGUACAACAACAGCAACAACAAAUAUCUCAUCAUCUUAUCCAGCAGCAGGGAAAUAAAAACUUGGUUGCGAAUUCAUUGGCAAUGGCAGCUGGAAAUUUGGGUAGCAAAAGUCCAAAUAUGCAAUCACCACCGAACGUUUCCGUCUCUAAGGGAGUAGUUGAUCCACAAAUGGUCGUCAGUCUCGGAAAUUUACCUAGCAGUAUAGCUAGUUCUUUGGCAAACAAUCAAAUGUCCAUUGCAAAUUCAAUGGGAAAUCUUCAAUCGUCGAUGAGUAUGGCUGGAACCAAUCCUACUAUGUCUAUGCCAGGUGCAAUGAACUCCGGUUUAGUCAUGACGAGUAGUGCUAGUGGAAAUAAUAGUAUAGGUGGAAUGGCAGGUGGAAGUUUAAUUGUAACCAACAGUGUCAACAAACAACCUCUAAAUACAGUAUCCAUGAUGGGUCAGAAUACUCAAGGAAUACAUCAUCCCAGUGGGCCUCAUGGUGUAGCUCAAAUGCAAAAUGGACCAGGUAUGAUUAAUACCAGAGCUGUAGCUAUGCAGCAACAACAGCAAGCCCAUAUGGUAGGUUCUGCGAAAGGUCAAAGUCCUCAUCAACAAGUGCAUCAAGUUGGAAUUGUUGGUCCUGGACAAGGUGGUCCAAGAAUGCAAGCACCUCCUAAUAUGACGAAUUUGCCCAAUAUGGGACAACUUGGUGCUUCCAGUCCAUAUGGUUAUGGAUCUCCAGGUACUGGAGCAGGUCCUGGAGCUGCUGUAUGUACUAACAAUCCUGUUGGUGUAAUUGCACCUCAACAAAAAGCUGUGACAACAAAUAUGGCUGCCAUGCAAGCUGGAAGAUUUGGGGGCUCAACUGGUCCUAUUGGAACCACUAAUGUUACAGGUGGUCAAGAAGGUGGUAUGGCACAACAAGCGCAACCACCUGCUCCGAGUCCAGCUCAACCUCAAUCUGGUGCACCAAGCGGUGGACAACCAGGACCACAACAAGCUACCCAAAAUCAAAUGUCUGGUACUGGCGGUGCUGCACCACCAGUUGCUUCAAAAUCAACUGCAGAUCCAGAAAAGCGUAAAUUAAUUCAACAACAAUUGGUACUACUUCUUCAUGCGCAUAAAUGUCAAAGACGAGAAAGUCAACAAUCUAAUGGUGAAUCAUCAUGGCAAUGUACUUUACCUGAUUGUAAGACUAUGAAAAAUGUUUUGACUCAUAUGACUACCUGUCAAGCGGGUAAAAAUUGUGCAGUGCCACAUUGUAGUUCAUCUAGACAAAUUAUCAAUCAUUGGAAACAUUGUAAUCGAAGUGACUGUCCUGUUUGUUUACCUUUGAAACAAGCAAGCAGAAAUAGAAAUACUACAAGUGUUGUAGCAGCUACUCAACCAAAUCCAAGUCCAUUAGAAAUGAGGAGAGCGUAUGAUGCCUUGGGUAUAGCAUGUCCUACAACGACUACUGGCUUGUUAGCUCCACAAGGUGUUGGUAGAGGUGUUGCCAGAAUGCCAGCAGUUGGAAUGCAAGGACCACCAGGUACUAUUGGAAAUGUUAGAUUGACUCAACCUCAAACCCAAGCUGCACCAGGACAAUCUGUUGUUGGUGCUGGUCAACAAGUAGUUGCCCCAAAUGUAUCCUUACCAUUAAACUCAGAUCCUAACACUGUUGGUGUAGCUGGUAAUCAGACUGCUCCAACGAGUGGUCCAAUGCCUACAGCAGCAGCAACAGCUGCGAAUAUACAACAAUCUGUUAACAUGCAGCAACUAUUUGGUAGUUUCAAUGAAUCAGGACAGCCUGGUGUGUUGGGAGAAAACAAACUUUCUAGUUUACAACUACCAGCUGGUCUUCAACCAGGUCAAGUAACUGCUACACCUGUAACAGAAUCUAAAUUGUGGCACCAAACUGUAACGCCUGAUCUCAGGAAUCAUCUAGUUCACAAAUUAGUGCAAGCAAUAUUCCCAACUCCGGAUCCUACAGCGAUGCUUGAUAAACGGAUGCACAAUUUAGUUGCUUAUGCUAGAAAAGUGGAAGGUGAUAUGUAUGAGAUGGCCAAUUCUAGGUCGGAGUAUUAUCAUUUACUUGCGGAGAAAAUUUAUAAAAUACAAAAGGAAUUGGAGGAAAAACGACAGAAAAGAAAAGAACAGCAACAACAACAACAAUUGCAAGCUGCACAACAGCAGCAACAGCCACAACCAUCAAAUGCUCCUCCAGGUCCUGACUUACGACCAUGUGCUCCGCAAGAUGUAGGAGGGAUUCUUCCAUCAAGACCUGUUGGCAAAGUUCCACCAAAUUUAAGGAGGCAUUCACCGAAUAUGGGACAAAUUGGACCAUUAUCAGGCAUGAGCAUUCAACAUAAUCGAAUGCAAUUUCCACAACAACAAGCUCAGCAGCAGCAACAGCAAGCCCAACAAGCUCAGCAGCAGCAGCAGCAGCAGCAACAGCAGCAGCAGCAAGCUCAACAACAACAACAACAAAUACUUGUUGGUCCUUCUGGUCCCAGUCCAAAUGGACAGUCAACAUCAAAUCCAAGUAUGGUUCAAAAUUCCGGUCUUAGUCCGUUUGGUCAGCCACAAAUGUCGCAAGCUAAUUUAACAACGACAACUACAUCAGCGACGACUAGUCAAUUUCCAACCUCUAAUGGCACUUCCAGUUUACCAAACAGUUCACCUGUACAAAAUCAACAUCAAUUUUCUGAUAUUAUGAAAGUUAGACUUGCUCAAGUUCAAGUAGUACAGCAGCAGCAGCAACAGCAGCAACCGCAAAGUGUAGCACAGCAACAGCAACCAAGUCAACAACAACCAACAAGUACUUCAAAUCAAAGUGCUGCAACAACUGCAAUGCCACAAGCACCAUCGCCCUUUAGUAAUAUUCAACAACAAAGUAAUCAGCAGCAAAAUCAACAGUUUAAUAAUAAUCGACCAUUAUCGGCUUCUACGCCUGGUGAUGCUAGCAUAACUACAUCAACACCACAAACAAUACCUCCUCCUGCAUCAAGUGGACCUAGUCCAAGUCCUGUUACGACAACAAAUGGACCUCAAUCUACAACUUCCACGCCCAAUACGCCUAUAGUUCCUUCAUUAAUGACUCCAAAUCAGACUGUAUCUUCCGCUAAUCAAACUCCACCUCAUCCAGGUACGACUCCAUCUCCAGCUGGUCUUGCAAGCUUAGGAAAGGGUAUGACUUCUCAAGAAAGAGCAGCAUUAAAUGCUCCGAGAAGUUCGAACAUGUCUUCACAAAUGGCUGCCAUUACUGCAGCUUUGGAUCGUGAUAAUUCUCCUAGUCCGCCGAUGAACAAUAAUAAAGGCAAAUUAGAUUCGAUUAAAGAAGAAAAUAUAAAGAUGGAGAUCAAGCAAGAGGAUCCGUCGGAAAUCGAAUGGAUGAGAGAAAGGAUGGAUGGUGGUAAAAAUGUAAAUAACGAUGUGUCCAUUAAAACAGAGAUUAAAACUGAACCUAUGGAAGAAGGAUCGGCUGAGGGAAUUGUUAAAGAAGAACCUGGUAUCAAAGAAGAAUCAGUAACUUCUAUGUCCAGUCAAGAUACCACUGCUUCUGAUAUAAAACCGCUUGUUCCUGAACCGAUACAACCAAGCGGUACAUCAUCGGACAAGAAAAGAUUGUGCUUAUUUAAACCUGAUGAAUUACGUAAAGCGCUUAUGCCAACAUUUGAUAAAUUAUAUCUACAGGAUCCAGAAUCAUUACCAUUUAGACAACCUGUAGAUCCUCAAGUCUUGGGAAUACCAGAUUAUUUUGAUAUUGUUAAGAAACCUAUGGAUCUUUCAACGAUUAAAAGAAAAUUAAAUACAGGACAAUAUAGUGAUCCUUGGGAAUACGUCGACGACGUUUGGUUGAUGUUUGACAAUGCUUGGCUUUAUAAUCGCAAAACUUCUCGAGUUUAUAGAUAUUGUACAAAGUUGUCAGAAGUUUUUGAACAAGAAAUAGAUCCGGUGAUGCAAGCGUUAGGCUACUGUUGUGGUAGAAAAUACACAUUCAAUCCACAAGUACUUUGUUGCUAUGGGAAGCAAUUAUGUACGAUACCAAGAGACGCUAAAUACUAUUCCUAUAAAAACAGAUACACCUUCUGUCAGAAAUGUUUCAACGACAUACCUGGUGACACUGUGACGUUAGGAGAUGACCCAACACAACCACAAACUGCCAUCAAGAAAGAACAGUUCCAGGAAUUAAAAAAUGAUCACUUAGAAUUAGAGCCUUUCGUUGUAUGCACUGAUUGUGGUAGGAAAGUACAUCAAAUUUGUGUAUUGUAUAUGGAACAAAUUUGGCCAUUAGGAUUUACCUGUGAUAAUUGUUUAAAGAAGAAAGGACAGAAACGUAAAGAAAAUAAGUUCAACGCCAAGCGUUUGCCAGUAACAAAAUUAGGAACAUAUAUUGAGACACGUGUUAACAAUUUUCUUAAGAAGAAAGAAGCUGGUGCUGGUGAAGUAGCCAUUAGAGUUGUAGCAUCUAGCGAUAAGGUCGUCGAAGUUAAACCAGGAAUGAAAAGUAGAUUCGUAGAAAAUGGUGAUAUGCCUGGUGAAUUUCCAUACCGUGCUAAAGCAUUGUUUGCAUUUGAAGAAGUCGACGGUACAGACGUAUGUUUUUUUGGUAUGCAUGUACAAGAAUAUGGAAGUGAAUGCACUCCACCGAAUACUAGACGAGUGUACAUAGCAUACUUGGAUUCAGUACAUUUCUUCCGGCCUAGACAAUUUCGUACUGCUGUUUAUCAUGAAAUACUUCUCGGAUAUUUAGAUUAUGCUAAACAACUUGGUUACACCAUGGCUCAUAUUUGGGCUUGUCCACCAUCGGAAGGAGAUGAUUAUAUAUUCCACUGCCAUCCUCAAGAACAAAAAAUUCCUAAGCCUAAACGACUGCAAGAGUGGUAUAAGAAAAUGUUGGACAAAGGAAUUAUGGAAAGAAUAGUACUCGAUUACAAGGAUAUUUUGAAGCAAGCGAUGGAGGAUAAAUUAUCUUCUGCAGCAGAUUUGCCAUAUUUUGAGGGUGACUUUUGGCCCAACGUAUUGGAAGAAAGUAUUAAAGAAUUAGAUCAAGAAGAAGAGGAGAAGCGUAAACAAGCUGCUGAAGCUGCUGAAGCUGCUGCGGCUGCAGCCAAUGCUAUAUUUUCAUUGAACGAAGAUUCAGAAACUGGUCCAGAUGGUAAGAAGAAAGGACAGAAAAAGGCUAAGAAGUCUAAUAAAUCUAAAGCGAAUCAAAGAAAAAAUAGUAAAAAAUCUAAUACCCCUCAAACUGGUAAUGAUCUAUCUGCUAAAAUCUUUGCAACCAUGGAGAAACAUAAGGAAGUGUUUUUCGUCAUUAGGUUGCAUAGUGCUCAAAGUGCAGCCAGUUUGGCACCAAUUCAAGAUCCGGAUCCUGUUAUUAAUUGUGAUCUAAUGGAUGGACGUGAUGCUUUUCUAACAAUGGCCAGAGAAAAGCAUUACGAAUUUUCAUCUUUGAGACGUGCAAAGUUUAGUUCUAUGUCAAUGUUAUAUGAAUUACAUAAUCAAGGCCAAGAUAAAUUUGUUUAUACUUGUAAUAAUUGCAAGAGUCACGUUGAAACGAGAUAUCACUGUACUGUCUGUGAUGAUUUUGAUUUAUGCAUCAGUUGUAAAGAGAAAGAAGGACAUCCUCAUCAUAUGGAAAAACUUGGUUUAGAUUUGGAUGAUGGAUCAUCUCCCGUCGAUGCAAAACAAGUUAAUCCACAAGAAGCGAGAAAACUCUUGAUACAAAGAUGCAUACAAUCUUUAGUACAUGCUUGUCAAUGUAGAGAUGCUAAUUGUCGGUUACCAAGUUGUCAGAAGAUGAAGAGAGUAGUAACACAUACUAAAGUGUGCAAGAGAAUGACAAGUGGUGGUUGCCCGAUCUGCAAGCAAGUGAUAACGUUGUGCUGUUGUUAUCAUACGAAGCACUGCCAAGAAACCAAGUGUCUUGUACCAUUCUGUUCAAAUAUCAAACAUAAAUUAAAACAACAACAACUUCAGCAACGUUUGCAACAAGCGCAACUGUUAAGAAGGAGAAUGGCUGUGAUGAAUACACGACCUACCGGACCAGUUGGAGCUAUACAAACUGGGCAACAAACUUCAAACGUUGCAAUAGUUGCCGGUGUUCCAAUAAAACCAGGCAUUAGUCCAACGAAUUUACCAUCACCGCAUCAACCAGGAAUUGGUUUGAAACCUGGUACACAGACGCCACCAGCACAUGUUUUGCAAGUUGUCAAACAAGUUCAAGAGGAAGCUGCGAGACAACAAGUACCUCAUGUUGGUUAUGGUAAAGUAACACCUGGUGGAGGAGUUGGUGUGAGUGGCCAAGCUGGUGGAGUUAUGCCGCCUCCUCAAAUGCAACGGCAAAUGCCCGUGCCAAUGUCAGGUCCUGCUGGUACUCAUCUUAUUCCUAUGGAUCAGUGGACUGGCAGUAGGUACCAACCUAAUGCUGUUAUGCAACAAAAUCCUUCCUUGAGGCAACAAACACCUCAGCAAUUGAUGCAACAGCAGCAGCAACAUCAGGGUCAACCUGCAAUGGCCAUGGGUGGUCAAAUGCCAAGACAACCUGGUGUUAUCGGUGGUCCCGUAGGUCAAGUGGCACCUGCUCAGCCUCAAAGCAGCAGUAUGCACAAGCAUGCCUUGCAGCAAUUAAUGGCAACACUAAGAAGUCCUCAUACUCCUGAACAGCAAAACCAAAUACUACAAAUACUCAAGAGUAAUCCACCUUUGAUGGCUGCUUUUAUAAAGCAACGGCAAACUGGUGGUCAACACGGCGGUGGAGUGAGUGGACCAUUGGGUCCUAAUCAGGCACAGCAGCAACAACAACCUGAUUUGCAUAUGAUGUCUCAGCAGCAACAACAACAACAGCAACAGCAGCAGCAGCAACAACAUCCUCAGCAGCAACAGCAGCAAGGAAGAAUGCAAAUACAGGCUAUGUUGAAUCAACAACAGCAACAACAGCAGCAACAACAACAACAGACUGUGCAACAGCAAACGCAAUGGUACAAGCAGCAAAUGUUGGUGAUGCAAAGGCAACAGGCUCAACAGCAGGCUCAACAACAGGCUCAGCAACAACAGCAGGCACAGCAACAACAACCUUUCACUCAACCACCUGCUCCACCUUAUGGUCAACAAAGACCUAUCAGGCCCUCUCUUCUUAGUUACGGAGGAUUUACCGAGCAAAGCUAUGGUCAGCCUGGAUUAAAACCAACUCCCCCACCUGUACCUUCACCGCAAGGUGUAAUGGGUCCUCCAGGGAUAUCGGUUCAACAACAGCUGAUGCAAUCUGUUCGUUCUCCGCCACCCAUUAGAUCUCCACAACCAAAUCCCUCGCCAAGGCCAGUUCCAUCGCCUCGUAAUCAACCAGUUCCUUCGCCAAGAUCUGGCCCAGUACCAUCACCUCACCAUCAUCCACCUCAUGGGACACCGACCCAUUCACCUGCACAUGAACUUGGUGGCCCUAGUGAAAUGAUGCUUUCACAAUUAAGUGGUGGUGGUGGUGCACCUACUGGUCAUCCUGCCACCAUGCCACAUCAUCCAUCACCUGCCCCACCACCGAGUAGUGGUACAGACUCUAGUGAAGUGACCCCUAUGACACCGCAAGAUCAACUCUCGAAAUUUGUUGAAGGAUUGUAGUGACUGUUAGUGACUACGUUGAUUGUUUAUUAAGUGACUUUUUAAAACUUAUUACAUACUUCGAUGUGUACUAUAAAAAUAACAUGGUGAGAAGAGAUAAAGAGUUUUAUCUUCCUUGGUUGUUGACACCAUUAGCUAUAAACUUUACUACAGCUCUGUGUGUUAUAAUGUUGCGCUGUUAUCGCUGCUGCUCCUUGUUACUUUCUUAAAUUGCUGUCGUCUUGCUGCCGUCGUCGAUUGUUAUCAUCGUCGUCGUCUUCAUCGUCAGCUAAAUCAGCCAAUCAGUCAGCAUAUUAAACACUAGAGCUGGCUGUGAGACAAGGUUCAUAAAUCUGCCUGCUAAGGACUAUUAUUUAGCAGAAACAUGUAGAUGAAGAAGAAGAAGAAGAAGAAGAAGAAGAAGAAGAAGAAGAAAAGAAUAAGAAGAAGAAGAAGAAGAAGAAGACUAUUUCCAUCCGUUCUGCGUUCCUAACUAACUUCGUGGAGUUUAGUUACGAUGAUGACUACUACUUCUCGUCUCUACUUUAACAUCAGGUACACAACUUAACAAAACAAAAAAAAACAAUAAAAAUGAACAAAUAAGUUGUACUUGAGAAAUGUUA